GGAAUGUAGGGUGAGGCGGGUUAGGCGGCCCCUCCCCCUGUACGUCACAUGGUAGCGGUACACUGUCAGCUGAUAUCACAGAAGGUACCUUCCUGCUCCGGUCACCUGACACGUGACUCACCACGUUACACAACACCAGUGACUUGUAUAGCUCCGCCCCCUCUACUGAUUUCCUAUCUUGCUGAGUCUGACCCCCAAUUGGCUGCGGUACCGGAGACCGGAGACACCAUGGCCGUGAACGCGAACCACUCACAGAACGGCGGCGUCAUUGUCACCAACGGCGAGAGCAUCCUGAAAAUGUGUAAAGAUGUGGAGCUCUCCUUCAGUGACAUGACCCACAAGACCGACUGCUUCAAGGGCACAAAGAAGGGGUUACUCUACCUCACCCCAUUCAGGGUAAUCUUUCUCAGUAAGGGAAGGGAUUCUAUGAUGUCCUUCAUGAUGCCAUUCUACCUUGUAAAGGGAUGCUCCAUAGAACAACCAGUGUUUUCUGCAAACUACAUCAAAGGCAUUAUAAGUGCAGAAGCGAACGGUGGCUGGGAAGGACAGGCCUCAUUUAAGCUGACCUUUAACAGUGGAGGAGCCAUUGAAUUUGGACAACAAAUGUUUAAGUUUGCAACCAAUGCUUCUAGACCACCUCAAGCUCCUAAUCCUGGUUAUGGUUACACACCAGCUGCUGGCCCAGGAAUGUAUGGUCCUGGAGGAUACCCACCUGCCCCUGGAGGAUAUGCUCCGGCCCCUCCUGCUGGACCCUACCCCUAUGUCCCCCCAGCUAUGAAUGGAUAUGGUCCAGCACCGCAGCCCAUGGGAUAUCCCUACCCUGCACCAACAGGCCCUGGCAUGUAUCCUCCACCACCUGAGCUGAACCCGAUGUACAUGGCACCUCCACCACCUUAUCCCGGGCUACCUUAUUCUGGUGCCCCAGCCCCCACUGUUCCCUCAGCAUGGACAGAGCCCGGAAUGCCAGGAGGCGGCAAAGCUGCAGAAGCUGCAUCCAGCGCCUAUUACAACCCUGCAGAUCCUCACAAUGUCUACAUGCCCAUGGAGCGGCCUCCUCCAUAUGCACCUACGGAUGACAAGAAGACAAAUUAGGGUGGGGCAGUAAUAUUUGUUGACCUCUGGAGUGUCCUCUACCUUUAUACUUAGGCACGUUCCAUCUUUACCAGUCAGUUCCUGUUAUUGGCCAGUCCUUUAAGAUCACUGUGGCCAGUAUUAAUAAAUGACUCUUAUAGUAGUGUUCCUCCUAAAGAGAGUAUUGACAUAUACUGUAUUUAUUAUUUAAAGGAUUGUAACGGGGAUAUUGGUAGCCCGGUUAACUUUGUAGACUUCCAAGCAGCAUGUCUAUAAGGACUUCUUUUUAUGACGUUAGCUUUGCAAUCCGCAAGAUGCACAGGAGUGUGCGAAACAGCUGUCGCCCUUACUUGUCCCCUUUCCACACUGAUGACUAAAACAUUGUGAAAAGAAACCUGUUGGGUGAGUGCUGUUAUAUAUA